AUGGCGCUCAAAGACUUGCUGAAAAAGAAGGACAAGAUCAGGGACGAGGGCGCUACUCCCAUGUCGCCUACUGGCCCUACCCUGUCUCCUGAUGUCCCAGAGUUCCAAUUCUUCCGCACCACGACUUCGACGCAAGAAACCAUCGAGCCGCCUAGCUUCCCCGGCGAUCCCACGCGCGAUUCUCCCCUAUUGUCGCCCACUUCGAGAGGCAAGUUUGGCAGGUUCAGAAGUCGUAGCAACGCUUCGUCUCAGGGAUCGGCGACUGGGCAGCAUGAUAACAAAUUGGCGGAGCGGUUACACUUUGGGCGGAGCAGGUCGAGUAGCUCGAUAAACGUGCCGGAAAAUCUACCAGAAGUAGGAGGCGACGGUGUCGCACGAACGGAAGAAGAAGAGGCCAAGUGGGAGACGAGGGCCACGGUGCUGGUCACCGAGGGUUUGCAGCACGGAUCUAGUCAGCCCAAUACACCAAGCUACGAGCCUACAAGUCCAAUGUCACACGGACGACCGACGAGCGCUAGGAGUCGCAGUGGAACUGUCGGUGCACCUGCGGACGAGGAGAACAUCCAGGAGGCUAUCCGCCUGCACGAGAAAGGAAAUCUUGAGGCUUCCACCGCGCUUUUUGGCAGACUGGCAGAGCCAACCGGCGCAAACAAUGCUCUAGCCCAAGUUCUAUAUGGUCUCGCGUUACGCCAUGGCUGGGGGUGUGUGCCUCACCAGGAGCAAGCUGUCCAAUACCUAUCCAUGGCAGCGGCGAACAGUGCUGAGGUCGAGAAGUUGGCCCUUGGGGCCGGCAUGAAGAAAGGCGGCGCAGCCAAGGGCGAGCUUGUGCUGGCCAUGUAUGAGCUCGCAAACUGCUUCCGCAACGGCUGGGGCAUCAAGAAAGAUCCCGCAGCUGCGAAGCAAUACUACGAGACGGCUGCCAACUUGGGUGACACAGAUGCAAUGAAUGAGGUAGCCUGGUGCUAUACCGAAGGUUUUGGUACGAAGAAGGAUAAGUUCAAAGCAGCUCAGUUCUUGCGCCUUGCGGAAUCCAAAGGGAACAAGACGUUAGGCAAUACUUGGUAA